AUGAAGUUGCCUGCCAAUGGCAGCCAGAAGCUGGUAGAGAUCGAAGAUGAGAAGAAAUUGCGCAUCUUCAUGGACAAGAGAAUGGGCGCCGAAGUCCCAGGAGACAGCGUUGGCGACGAGUUCAAGGGCUACAUCUUCAGAAUCACCGGCGGCAACGACAAGCAAGGUUUCCCCAUGAAGCAAGGAGUCAUGCACCCUACGCGUGUCCGUCUCCUGCUCUCCGACGGCCACUCCUGCUACCGCCCCCGCCGCACUGGUGAGCGCAAGCGCAAGUCUGUCCGUGGCUGCAUCGUCGCCAUGGAUCUGUCCGUGCUGGCUCUCAGCAUCGCCAAGCAAGGCGACGCCGACAUUCCCGGCUUGACAGACGUCGUGCACCCCAAGCGUCUUGGUCCCAAGCGGGCCACCAAGAUCCGAAAGUUCUUCGGCCUCACCAAGGAUGACGAUGUCCGCAAGUUCGUUAUCCGUCGCGAGGUCCAGCCAAAGGGUGAGGGCAAGAAGCCAUACACCAAGGCCCCUAAGAUUCAGCGUCUGGUUACUCCCCAGCGUCUGCAACACAAGCGUCACCGUAUCGCCCUCAAGCGUCGUAACGCUGAGAAGACCAAGGAUGCUGCCAACGAAUACGCCGCCAUCCUCGCCAAGCGUGUCUCCGAGACCAAGGCCCACAAGGCCGAUGCCCGCAAGCGUCGUGCUUCAUCCAUGCGCAAGUAG